UCUUGGAUCAACUGUCUAAUUUAUUUAUUUUUGCUGUUAAAUCCUCUCAGGUUAAAAACUGUUUGGAUUAGAUUAUUAAUUAUUUUUAAAAAAGGCUGGGCUUGCUGCACGCGCCUAUAAAACAGUGUUCAGAGCAGAGCAGGAAAUACACACACACACACACACUGUUGACUUCAGACGCAGAAUGGCACUCUCAUAUUUAACGUUAUCUUUAAUAUUUUCAUGCCUCCAUAGUUUAAUAGCGACCUCAGCGCAUGUACCGAGGAUGACCUUCACUGAGAAAGAGGCUGCAAUGGAAAGGUUCCUGUUACCUGGACACCAUGCUGCACCUGUCGGGAUGUUCCUGGAAGCAGAGCCGGACACCGUCAUCGCUGCCGGACAGAAACACCUGCAAUCCUUCAACUUUCUAAACCCUCAGAAGACUCUUGUGGAAAUAAGUGUGUUGUGGACCGACUGCGUCGACGCUGCGUCUCCACAAACACUGAAAGCGGAUUGCAAGUACAACAUCAGUGCGGUUCUGGAGAGGGAAGAGGCCAACAAGCUCCUCGUGUGUGGAACCAACGGAGAGCAAACCUCCUGCUGCGACAUGAAUUUAGCCGAGCAGCCACCCAGCUGUGUUUCCUCUGGAAACAUGCAGAAGAUAAGUGAAAGCAUAAGAUCGUUCGUCAUAAACGAAGGGGAACCGUUGGCCCUCGUGGAAUCACCAGACAGUGAUCUCUACGCUACACGCUCUGGACCUCAGGACUAUGUCGGCAUCCACAGGUUUGGGGGAAACAGAAUUAUGCCGGCUAGACACCAUAAAGAGCAGCACUAUGUGGGUUUGGUGCCCAUCAGACGGAGAGACGAUCCCCUGCAGAGCAAAGUGUUCGCCUUCUACAAGGAGAAGAACAGAGACACAGAAUUGUUCAGUGAAAUGUGGCUCCCUUUUGUCUCCCGGGUUUGCAUGAGAGAUCGCGGUGGUCCUAAGAACACCCUGCAGUGCAGCUGGACGUCCCAGAUGAGCGCGCGGCUCUUCUGCGGAGACCCUGAGAGCCGGCAGCACUUCUCUGAGCUGGUGGACGUGGCUCCUGUGGAGGCAGGAGGCUGGCAGGACACCAGGGUGUAUGCACUCUUCAGAAAUGAAUGGGGGAUGAGUGCCGUGUGUGUCUACACCAUACAAGACAUUGAACACAUCUUCAACACCUCCCCAUUUAAAGGCAAAGACAAGCAGCACAGCAGGUCCAGAGCGUGCGUCACAGACAGCACGGCGCUUCAUGUCGAAGUCCUGAAGAUGAUCGAGAAGAACUCGGAGAUGGAGGAGUAUGUCCGGCCCAUGCACCGCUCUGGACCAAUUCUCUUUAAUCACCACAGAUACACUCACAUCUACGUUGAGCGAUCCCCGGACAGGAACAAUAACCACACCGUCCUCUUCCUGUCUCUCAAUAACGGUGGGAUUCACAAGGUGAUGCAAAACAAAAGUCUGACUUUCGUCAUCGCUGAGUAUCAACCUUUCAACCACCGAGCCCACAUCCUCAGCAUCGCGCUGCAAACCUCCUCUAGGAAACUUUACGUGAACUCCGGAAGCGAGCUGGUCCAGCUGGAUGUGGAGAACUGCGCCCAGUAUGGAAACAGCUGUGAGGAAUGCGUCUUGGCCAGAGACCCCUACUGCGGCUGGAACAGCACCCACUGCACCCCCCACACACAAUACACACUGCAGGAUGCGACCCAAGCUAACCUCGCCCUCUGCGUGUCCCCAUCCAAAGUUCAGCUGUCUGGAAAAGUCAAUAGAUUUUCCAGUGAAGCACACGCAGACGAGGCGAUGGGCAUCAUCACACUUCCCCCUCACUCCGAGUACUUCCUCCAGUGCCCGGUGUCGUCCCGUCACGCUCAGUAUACCUGGCGCCACCUUGAGAGCAACACGUCCUGCAGCCCGACGGAGCAGCUGGGCCUUCAUCUGAUCGUCAGCAUGAGUCCCGAACAGGAGGGAACUUACACGUGUGUGUCGGAGGAGAUGGGCUACAGCAGAGUCCGGGCUCAGUACCAACUGCAGCUGGAGAGCAGGGCGGCGGGCCGGACCGCACGCCCGCCGGUCCUGCUGUGUCUGAUGGCCGUGCUGCUCAAGACUUUGUCCUGAGUAAAGAACAGAACACGAAUACAAGGGUGAUGAACGACACUCCUACUUCUAAGUGUCUUCGAUAGCAAACAUUAUUAAUACAAUGAACAUCCUUUAUUUGAUUUAGUCCCAAUCGGAAUUAAAAUACUCCGUGAACAUUGUUAAAGAAAGCAGAUCAACAGUCUACUUCAUUAAUUAUUGAAAUGAUAAAAGUUGUGAUUGUACAUAUUUAGCAUUUAUUACAUUUAUUUAGUUCAAAUGCUUCUCAUUUAGCAAAACAUCUGAAUUCUUUGCUGAAGACAAAACACCUGCUGUGAAUAUUAACGUUAACUUUUAACACACACACCCACACACACACACACACACCCACACACACACCCACCCACACACACACACACCCACACACACACACCCACCCACACACACACACACACA